UGUAAAAACAACCAAAAAUGAAGGGAAAAGUCUGCAAAAACAGCUUCAUUUUGACCCGAUUUAAUCCGAUUUAAAGACAAAGUAGCACACAGUCAAAGGUACAAGGGUUUCCUUAGUGAAAUAUCACUCCUAAGGUAGGCAGUCUACGAUGUAUAAUCAAGGUUAUGGACCAAUUUUUGGUAUGGAUUGGUAUUGCCUUAAUGGCGGACUUGACUGCGUUGUCAACUGUCAAUCUUGAAGACAAUUUCCAGCGAUUGAAAUUGUUCUUUGAUGCUAGAAAUCACGACGAUUCAUUUGAGAAUCAUACUAUCAUGUCUCUAGCUAUGAGUACUCCGAGAUCGAAGACGAUUGAGGAGGUUUAAGAGCCGCUUUAGUUAAUAUCAAAACACUUGGCUCUUCACCUUCCCUCCUAACUGAUGCCUCCAUCAGAUCGAUGUUUCAAGUCAUUUCUAGUCAUUGCAUUCCAAAAAUCAACCCAAUUUAAGCAAAAUUCACCACAGUUGAUCCCAUUUGUAGUCUCCGAUUGAAAGAAUGAAGCAUUUGUGUUUAAAUUUAGAUUUAAGAAAGACUCUCUUGUGCAGAUUUUGUAUGACUGGGAUGUUAAAGAUUAUGGUGACUUUUCAAGAAACAUCCAUGUCUGCCCAACAUAGGGGGGGCUGAUGUUAGACUCCUACCCCUCCCCCCAGGAAAUUGAAUUACGAAAGUAUGGGGUAUAUCCUUGUUGGACUUGGGAUUUGGUUAUGAUGUAGGCUUUCUACCCUUAAAACAAGUUUAGAGUAGAUUGCAUCAUGGUAUUUUGCUUCUCAGCUUUACAAAGUGUGCUUCAGGAGAAACAUUACUAGGGUAAUAUGCAUCUUGUGACAGUCUUGUUGCAUUUGAAUUUUCUCUUGACAUGGUUUGCAAAAUGAAAGCACAUUACAAGACAUGAUUACAAAAGAAAGAUUCACCCUUGCUAGUAUUAGAAUUAACUUAACACCUGUUGUUUCCACAUCAUACUGUGACAUUAGGGUCUUCAAAAAUCAAUAAGCAUUGAGGACAGCAAUGCCAAAAUCAUGAUGUGAGUAUGCUUUGAAAAUAGUUUUUGUGUGUGUACUGUUGUCCUUGGCAUUGCCUUUUGUUUAGGACACGAAAAAAGUACUGUAUCAACUGAUGUCUAGAGAGAGAGAUACCAACGACUGUGCACACAUGAAAAACUGUUUUAAAAACAUGAUCACAUUAUAUUGUUUCAGUGUCACUGUCCUCUGUGCUUGUUGAGGAUCAUAUUUCCACAAGAGACUCUAUAACAUAUAUAUUCUAUAAGUAUAGAUAUAAGUAUUCAUAAGAUUUUAUCAGUGUUAUCAAAUAAUCCUUGUUUAAAGAGGAUUGAUAAUGGUAAAAAGAACAAAGUAUAUUUCUAGUAUAAAACUUUAAAUUUUAUAUAAGUAGUACCCAUCGUUGGCUUUGAAUAUUAAAUAUGCUUAUUUUGUAUUAAAUUUAAAGAAUUACCUACUUGUAUUGCUUUGUAUUGUUAUUGUUGUUGUUGUUGUUGCGAACUUCAAUGCUUUUGAAUGCUUCCUGAUAGCUAGCAGCUAGUUUGACCAUGUGGGCCAACGGAGACCAAUCUAAUGCUCAAUGGUGGCCAAUGCAUUAUGGUUAUCAAUAUUCUAAUCCAAGUCAAGGUGAGUUCUGCUAAUUUUUUAGGUUUUUAGAGUAAUAAUAAUAAUGGGAAUUAACAGUUGGAUUCCUCGGAGUGGCUCUUCUUCCACUGGAUUGCAAUUGGAAUUUAGAAGUUGAUUUUUGUAAAGAAAAACUAUAGAAGCUAGAGAACAAUCCUUGAAACACAGGAGAAAACCACAAACAAUUUGACUCACAUACUGCACCUAGCGGGACUCCAACCCCGAUCGCAUUGAUUAGAGGCAAGCGCUCUCACCCCUAUGCCAACUGUGCAUAGUUCUCGCUCUCUCUUUCUCUCUCUCCAAAUCACUAAUCUGUAGGUUGAGAAUUGGGUUGAUUUUUCUUGCCCACACCUUUGACAUCACUCUGUAGUAUGAAAGAAUUUAACAGACAUUACUUUAUUUGUCUGCAACAAGUGUUGGCUUUCACUGUGCUUGAGAUGUUACCACUGGAGUUAAAAUUAUUAAUAAGCCAAUUAGUAACCAUUUUCAUGGUUUGUCAUGGUUGUCUUGGAAACACAAGGGGCUAGCCAAGAAGACAUUAAAAAGUUGCAUAGAAGGGUGUCUGAUGUGAAAAAAAUAACUUUUCUAUUUUUCAUUUCAGAUGCAAGUGCAGACUGGGCCACCAGAGCAGCACUAUGGGCUCAGCAACGACAAGCACAAGAAGAGAUGGCCAAACAACACCAACAGUACUAUUCCACCAUGCAGAACCAACCUCAACCAGAUGGAAGCAGACUGCCACCUGAGAAACCUCCUUUACCGAGCGAUGGUACAGACCAUGCAUUCAUGCAAAACAGCUCUGUUCCACCCCUACCCCCAGGGGAAUCAGAUCUGCCACCACCGAUACCAGAAGCUGAGGGCGACAACCUCGAAACUGUUGCUAUGGAGGACGAGCCCUUAGAUACGCCAGUGCUUGAACAGGAAAUAGCUGUCACAAGACUAGACUAUAACCAUGGGCAACCUGUUCCUCUACCUGAAGUUGCUCCCCCUCCUCCAUUGCCGGGUAUGCAGACAUUCGAUCAUAACCAUGGAUUCACGCCCGCUGCUGGUGCACCAGCCCCUGCUUUUGUUCCUGCACAGCGCUUUGACUAUGGACAUCAGAGUGCAAARUAUGACCACCAGAAAGGAAGUCAUCCGUCGUCUUCACAGUGGUAUGAUUAUAACCAUGCACAUGGGGCCGAACAUCAUCAGGAGUAUGAGCCAGAGAGGCGCCAUUCACGGCAUAGUGGCAGGCACGAGCYUCCGCAGCCACAUACCCCUCCUGCUAUAGAUUUUGCAACAAUGUCAGAGGUCAAGAAGAAAGCACUGCCRCUUUGGAUCCGUGAAGGCCUGGAGAAGAUGGAACGAGAAAAGCAAAAGAAACAAAAACAAGAAUUAAAGAAAUCCCUGAAUUCUUCAAAUUCUUCUUUGCCUAACAUAUCUGGAUACGAGCACGGAAAGGUGGAAUCCCCUGUACCAUCACCAGAGCAGCCACAAUCUGAUGAGAAGCCUGAGAGCAGUGACAAGGAGGAAGAGGAGGAGGAGAAAGAAAUAAAGAAAGAGAAGGAAGCAACACCUGAGCAACCAAGAAAGCAUCAUCAUCAUCAUCAUGUUAAGCGCUCACACUCAAGGUCUUUAUCACCACAAAAACAUGAUUCAUCUGAUGAUGAAGUAGACAAUAGAAGUGAAUCAGAAAAACAGCAAGACAUGCUUCUAAAAAUGCGUAAAAUGAUGACUGAGGUUCUUUUAACUGUCACUAACGAAGAACUUCAGAAUAUUGCCAAAGAGGCAUAUAACGAUGCACUAUUAGCUGCAAAUCGUCAACUUCGAAGCUCUGGUGGCCUGGAUCUCUUAAAGCAGGGUGGUACUUUAGGUCUCGGAGACUACGGUUCUGACUCUGAAUCAGACAGCGAUGAAGAUCAACCAGAACAAAAGACCUCAGAACGACUCCAUCCUGUCUAUGAGAAAGAAGAGUAUGACAAUGCUAAUAGACAAUCUCGUAGUCGCUCUCCAAGGAAAACAAACUCCAACGACAGUGACACAAAUCGGUCCAGAUCUGGCUCACGGGAUUCAAACCCCAAGCAUCACGAGCCAGGAUCGACUGUCACCUCUGAGGAGGAGAGCGAUAUCUCUGGAUCUGUGUCAAGCAAAAAGAAGAACCGACGCUCGAAACAUCGACGCAAACAUCGAAGCUCAAGUACUUCCCCCAAACGACGCUCAAAACAUAAACAUCGACGCAGUAGGUCGAGAAGCAAAACCCCCAAAAAACGAAAGAGCAGCAAGAAGGACCGCAGUAGAUCCAGAAGCUUGAGUGAAUCCAGGAGCUCACGGAGGUCAAAGAAAUGCUCUCCAAGUCGUAGCAGAUCCCCUAGUGAACACGGAAAACAUAGGAAGAGUUCUCGUAGUUCUCGUAGUAGAUCUCCGAAGGAUGAGAAGCAUAAGAGAUCUCAAAGUUAUAGUAGGUCCCCUAGUGAAAGGAAGCACAGAAAAUCUUCUCGAAGCCGCAGUCGAUCCCCAAGCGAACGAAGACACAGGAAAAACACGCGCAGUCGCAGUAGGUCCCCAAGACACCGAAGAAAGAAAAGUCGCAGUAGAUCCCCAAGGAAGAGCCGUAGGCGCCGCAGUAGAAGCACGUCUUCAGACCAUUACAGGGAGGGUAAGAGAGGAAGCGAUAGAAGAUCACGAUCCAGAUCAAGGUCUUCAACUCCAAGACGCAAGAGACGUUAGUAGACAGUAAUACUGAAUCAAUAAUGCUUUGCUGUCUGGAGGCUUGCUCGCUACUGAAGCAAACAUUACACCUGUAUUAGUUCUGAUGUUGAUGAAAAAACUAAGUUGAGUUGCAGUAGUCCUCUUCACAGUUCCCUGCGUCAUCUUGAAAGGUAGCCGUGCCUUUGCAUCGAAGCGAGACGAACGGUAACCUUGCAAUGAUAGAGACCUUUUUUAACACCUUGAACA